UCGAGUCACCUUCGCGGGCGUUAACCCAUGAUUUUACAAGAAAUAACGCCUUACUACGGACAAUCAAUCGUACGCCCAUCAUUAUCUUCAAUAAAACUAUCGAUUUAAUUAGUAAUGCAGCUGCCUUAAAUGACCAUCAGCUAAAUCCUCCAUGAAACCAUAAAAUUUCAUAAAAUGUCAAAUUAAUUAAAACAAAUUGUCCAUAAUAACUGAUCGUAGUCAAUAAGCUGAGGGAUAACGUAAGUGUGAGUAAGUACGGAUUUAAAAGCCUUGUACUGAGUAUUGAUAAUAAUAAUAAUAAUAAUAAUAAUAAUAAUAAUAAGUAUGUAAUAAAAAAAGAACAUCACAGCGUGUUGGAGUAGAAGUCCAAAGUCACGGCGCAGGUCUGGUGAAAACACACGGCCACCAGGUCUGUUAGUAUCUGAUGGUUCUGAUGUAUGGAUGUAUGAAAAUAUAUAUAUGUAUAUAUAAAUAGCGGUGUCUACAGUCAAAAGAAGUGUGCAGAAGACAACACAGGCAAGAGAGAGCAUGAGUGAGCAUGAGCACUCGUAGAGAGAGUGUGUAUCAUCAUCAUCAUCACACAGAACGGGCGGUGUCCAAUAGCCAAGAGUAAGACAGAAAAUUAUCAAAGAGAAAUAGUAUAGUAGGUAUAGAUAUAGACGUGUGUUUUAUAUCUAGUAAUUUCUAUGUCUGUACGUACUCUACUCGGCAGUCAACGGCAUCGUCUCGUUAAAGAACCAGUAUCAAGUUUAAGAGCACCAGUACACGGUAAAAAUAAUAAAAAACAAAAAUUUUUAUAGUAUAGUUUCGUAACCGAGUGAGUGGAGUACUGGAGUGGGUUUUAAAAUUAAACAGGAUCCUUUUGUGUCAUUUUUUAUUAUUUAGUGGUGGGUAACAAGGAACAUAAGCACCUGGCACACCUGAUUUGACGGCUAAAAAGCGAGGGAAAAAGUGUACACCUUGAGGCAGUUGUGCUGGCGACGAGGUUUUUUUUAUUUAUUUUGUGAUGUACAACAGUGCGGUCAUGAGCUUGAUGAUUUUUAGGUCUAGAGGCCAGAUAAGUACUUGAUUGUUUAGGUUUUAAGUUUGGAAUCGAGGUUGGGAGAAUUUUAAUUUAAAUUAUUUAUUGAGCUGGAGAUGGUCAAGAGUGUGGAGUUUAAAAAGUGAAUUCCAGUGAGGAAGAUACAGUUUUUUUAGUUGUAAAUGAGUUAAUAAGAGUGAAAAACCAGAGCAAGGUGAAAAAUAUAAUAAAAAUAUGCUUCAGACCGAGUACGGUCUUAUAAAUAGAGUCACUUGGGUCGUGUCGACGACGAGGAUCUUCGUGCGGAAGCGGAAAUAUUUUUAUGAGACACUACAUUUUUAUUAAGAGGAUGGCCUUACACGCUUUGGCAAACUUGUAUUGAUAUUUACACUGUUGCAAUUAUUUAUUAUUAUUAAAUCAAUUGAUGAGUAAUGCAUGAGUAAAUAAGUUGAUAAAUGAAAAGUAGUAUGAGAGAAAGAGAGGAGAUAAAUUAAUUUGAGAAUGGAAAAUCGUCCGAAGAUUGAAAUAGUACGAGUAUCAUCUACGGAACGUGGAAAUUUUCGUCCUCUUGAUGGUGUCCAGCUGAGGGCUGCUUAUAGUCACGUGAGAAUUGGUACAUACUGUCCGGAACCGGAAAUUGAAAUGACCUCUUGUGAAAAUAAACCACCGAGUCAUGCUAAAAAAUUUAAAAAAAAUUUGGGACCAGUAUCAAGACUGCUGAGGCGUCGUCAAGGAACGUGCCUUGCCACUAAAUCCUGUGAUAACAUUUAUAAUGUCAAUAGAAAUAGUUCAUCUCUAGAUUGGAGAAUGGGUCAACGUCCUUCAGAUCCACUCAACCCAGGUCGCCAAAGUAGUAGCCUUGAUUGGCGAAUGGGCAGAAGGGUUAACUCUGACUGGCAAGACACAAGUCGUAGUGCUGAGCAUUUAUUAUCACGUAGUCCAAGAUUCGGUGGUCAUCGUACGCCCACGACAAAAUCAAAAUUAGUUUCAUUACUUCGACGAUUGUCUCCAAGACUUCCGCGACCGGGAAGUAAAAAUUCUUUACCCUCAUCGCCGAUGGUAUGCCCAUGGAUCCGGGUUGAGUAUUCAACAGAAUCUGUGGACGAUCCACGUCACGCGGAAUCCCAAGACAGUGACGUCAGUUACCAGCAGGAGUUACAGUUGAACGAGCUCAGGAAAAGAAUGCUCAGUGCCUCACCCUCGUCCUCGGCUUCUCAGAUGCAAAAUAGUGAAAUUAUUAUCAACAUUACCAGUGACGAAAAUCAAAAUAUUCAAGGAAAUGAUAUUAAAUUGGCGGAAGAUAAAAAUCCGCUAGAUAAAUCUGUCCACGAGGAUCGCACACCAGAGGAAAGACGUAGUCGUGGUGGCCACAGUGAGGUGGCGGGUCUGGAAGAGGACGACAGAAAAGAUACUACGGUGACGGUGACAGGGUUACCGGGUAGUGGUGGUGGCGGUGGGCCCGGUGGCAGGCCUAAUCGUCGCACCAGGCCACUGUCUUUGGCAGUCCAACCGCUACAUUAUCAGCGACUUGACUCUGUGGAGAACGUCAAUAUAAGCAGCGGUGUUGGAAGUGGUGGAGGUACAACUGCAGCUUCUGCGGCUGCAGUUAAACAUCCCAAUAUGACCAGUCAAGAGAGCAUCGGUAGCUGCAGCCUCGACGUCGAUCGCUCUGCAUCCGACCGAUCAGAACCGACAGUUGACUCUGUGUCGGAAAGAACAUUGCACAGUUUAAAUCUGUCGAGUAACGGAGAUACAACACCUGGUGGUGGUGAUAGCAGUGAAACAAUUAAAAAGCAUCAUCAGCAUACGCUGGAUAAAACAACGGAACAAAUAAUCCCUGAUAAUUGUGAUAGUAUUAUAAAUGGUGAGAAUGAAACAGCAGCUGACCAGCUGACGGCUAAGAAGCCGAGUUACUUGGGGUUGGCUUGCAGUAUCAGUGGAUACUCUGGUAUUACGAGGUACGAUAGUAAACUCAGGGAAGGAUUCAGAUCAAGAGACAGCAGUCCUGGCUCAAGAUUAAUUACACGUGAAACAAGUCCUGCAGGUUUUCGGUCAAACGAAAAUUUAGGAGUACCAUCGCACAAUUAUCCAACAAAAAGUCAAUCAAUAUCACCAUUAGCAAUGGAUCAUCAAAACGGAUUUACAAAUGGCAAUAAAGAGUGUAAAAUAGAGACAUUUGUUGAGUCACGAGGUACUUUAAAUGUCUUCCAGGGUUAUUCGGAAGUGGAUCGUGGAAUUUCAGUGCAUCAAAAUUACCCGGACAUUAGUCCGAUUCGCGGUAGCAAUAACGGUUCGGUAAAUAAAAAAAUAACCGUGACAUCAACGGUAAUAAACAAUAAAGCAAAUAAAUCGUUUUCACCAAAUUCUUCAUUUGCGUCAUCACCGCGAGGAUUAAAUAGCACUAAUUUCUCAAAUAUAUCGUCUUGUGGCGAUGACAAUUACUUGAAUGGAUCCUCUAUAGAGAUUGAGAAUCAGACGAUAAAUUUGUCAUCCAGCAGCGAAAAAUCUUUCAUUCAGCAGCGUGUCGAAAGACUCUAUGGACCUGGCGCUUUGGCUCAGGGUUUUUUUAAGCGCGCUAAUCAAUCUUCAAAUAGCGACAGCAGUUUUAGUAAUAAGUCAUUACUCAAUAAUAGCCGCAAUAGUAAUAACAAUGAUUUGAGUAUCGAUAAUGCAAACAAUGAAGAAUCAUUAAAAAAUUUACCAGUUCUACGUCACUUGAGACCGGAGUUUCGUGCACAAUUGCCGGUUGUAAGUCCACGUAGACCUACUGAUGGCAGUGAACAGAUUGUUAAGCCAAUGAAUAGGAUAUCUGUAUCAUCUAGGAAAAAUGAUGUUGUAGUGAAAGUACCUGCUGCUACAAUAACUUCAACUUCUGCUACUGCUGCUGGCGCUGAUACUCCCUCUAAUAAUACUACUCAUAUUAUUACAACUGCGCAAUUACUUGGGGCAAAUAAAAAUCAUGAAAAUGAUUCGUUGAAAUUGAGUCCUAGUAUGACAAGUAUUACGGAUCAACAGCCAGCGGCGCCGGAAGUUGUGUUACCUGUUCUUGAGACAAGCGUUAGUUCAACUAGUCUUGUUGAAUUGCCAAAAGCGACACAGGAAAAUAAUGCCGUUGAAGUAAAAGACGGUCAUUAUUUUAUGAAAUUAUUGAAAGCUGAAACUGAUCGACUUUUUAAAUUGGCUGCGUCCGCUGAAGCUCAAUUAGCAAGUGGUGAAUCAUUACCAGAAGAAGCUGCGGGUAAAUUACGAUCUGCUGCUGGUAAAGCUCGAUUACUUGCGACACAAAAAAUGCAACAAUUUGAAGGACUUUGUCAAAAAAAUAUUACUCAAAUACCUGGUGAAGUUUUCCCAACGACGGACGAAGACUUAGCUGGCUUCUGGGAUAUGGUAAUGCUUCAAGUUGUCCAAGUCAAUGAUAUAUUUGAUCAUCUAGAGAAAUUACGAAAUUCUCAGUGGCAAGAGGUUGCCGUUGAAAAAUCAGCAUCAACACGAACUCAAAACGGCAAUAAUACAAAACGUCGUGUUGUCAUAAAUCAAAAACCAAAAUCAACAGCAACCAGUGAGGCUAAUCGUAAAGCACGUGAAGCACGUGAACAAGCACGCCGUCAAAUGCUUGAGGAUCGUAGAAAGUCAAUGAAAACUCAGAAUCAACAAUCUGUUGAAAUUUUUGCUCCGAAAACAUAACAGCAGGCUGUUUGUUUUAGUGAACAUUGGAAUAAUGAGCAACAUAGUCAAAUAUCUUCGAUAGAUGUUGCUGCGUAAAAUAUAAUAAUAAUAAAUAAUUCGUUCAACUCGUUCGUAAAUAAAUCUAUUAAUUAAUAGUAUGAAAAAUAAUAAAAAUUUUAUCAAUUUAAUAAACAUACACAAAAGAAAGUCAUAAAUUAAUAAAUAGUCGCGUUAUUGUAUCGUUAAAUCAAAGAUUCCGAUGAAUAUAUUUAUUAAGAUUUAUUUUAUAUUUUUUUUCCAAGCCAUCAGUUGCUCCUGAGACUUGAUAAAUUUUUUUUUUAUAUAUUAACUAGUAAUGAAUAAUAGUGAGUUAAUGAAUUGAUUAGUUAUUAAUUAAGUUGUUUAUAUUAUUGAUAAGAAAGUCAUUUAAAUUUAUUGAACCGUUUUCAUUGCUUAGACUUAAUGGACCUAAACGACCGAUGAUUUGAAAAAAAAAAUUAAAAAAAAAAAUUCGCCUUCUUGAUUUACAUAUAUAUAUAUAUUGAUAAAUUUACAAUCGACUUAUUAAAUAAUCUCGGCAUUACUAUUAAAUAUAUAUAUAUAUUAUAAUAAAAAAAAUUAAAAUUGAACAUAAAAAAAGAUAUUGCAUGUAAAUAAUUAUUUGCGGUUUUAAAAACCGUUAUUUUUUGCUUGUUGCACUGAUGAGUUAAAGCUUAUUAUCACUUUUAUAUGAAAAAAAAAAUAAUAAAAGUCAAAAACGAUCACAAAUUAUUUAUUUUAUAGAAAAGAAAUAAAAAAAUCCCCUUUUUUUACUUACAGUUUAUGACAAGAAAAAAAAAGUGUAUCUUUGUGGUCGGUUUUUUUUAUUAAUUAAAAUAUAAUAAUCAGUGAUAAUAGAUUAAGUGAAAUGAAUUAAAAUAGAAUGUUGAAUUUAUAAAAUAAAAAAUUGAUGAGUGAGCGCUUGAUGAAUUUAAUAAUUUUGUAUAUUUUUUUUAGUUUUAAUAAAACUCGUGAGCUGCCUAUCGAUUAUAUUUACCUAAUAAAUACUCAUAAAACUUGUAAGACGCAAUACUUUUUUUUUCUACUGUAUAAACAAUUUGUAAUAGGAGUAGAUAAAACUAGAUAAAUAUUUUAGUUGUAAAUUAAAAUUCAAAAUGAUGGGUAACAGCGAAUUUUCAAAUAAUGUUAUUAAAUACUGGUGAUGCAAAACGAUAGAUAGGUAGUAAGAGCUCUACAUAACAUUUUAUUAAAUCUGUAUAUACAAUAAAUUUGUGCAGAUAUAUUAUUGUAUGAUUUUUAUUUGUAUGCGUGAGUAAUUGAUAUAAUUUAAUUAAAAUAUUAAAAUUGGAAACAAAUAAAAAAAAAAAUUACGUUAUAA